AUGCAACUGCACGCUCUUGCUACUCUGACCCUCGUCGCCACCGUGAUUGAGUCCGUAGCGGCUGGCAAGCUAAUGGACUCGUGCUCCACCUUCGUCUUUCAGGGGACCACACUGACGGGCAUUUGCAAGAAUACCGCCGGUACCUUUGUCUCCUCCCCUAUCAACUUGAACAAAUGCCUUGGCAACCAAAAUGGGAACCUCGUUGCAAGCAAGAAUGGAAAUGCCCUGGAUACCUGCAGCGCCUGCAGCGUCACUAAUAACAGCGACGCUUUCAAGUGUAAUAACUGCCGGGACUCUUCUGGCAACUCCCAUGCCUCGAGCAUAGACCUGAGCCUUGCAGUGAGCAACAACAAUGGCGUCUUGACCUGCUUUGGCCAGACUGGUCCGUAG